AUGAGGUCCGUCAAAGGAGUCGGCGUGCCGUCGGUGAAGCUCGUCGCAUCCUACAUCUUCGACUGGAUUGUCAUCAUCGCCAUCGCAGCCAUUGCCGGUGGUUGGGAAUAUGUCGAACCAUUCAAACGACCCUUCUCGCCUGUCAAUCUCGACAUAUCGUACCCGUACCAGACCAGCGAGAUGAUACCAACAUGGCUCCUCGUCGUUGUAUCGCUCAUCGCGCCUGCCGCCAUUGUUUUCAUCGUGUGUCUCAUCUGGGUCCCCGGACCCACGGCUGAACGUGGGACACCAAAAUCGCUUAUUUGGAGGAGGAAGCUCUGGGAAUGGAACACUGGCUGGAUGGGCCUCGCGCUUUCCCUUGCGACGGCAUUCCUCAUCACGCAGGGCAUGAAGAAUCUUUUUGGAAAGCCGCGACCUGAUCUGCUGUCGCGAUGUCAGCCAGAUCUCACGCGUAUCGGAACGACCACCAUCAGCCCUCUGGGAGAGUUUUAUCAACCGCAAUGGGUGCUCGUCACCGCCGACAUCUGUACACAACCAGAUUCGGACAUACUCAAGGACGGCUUCAAAUCCUUCCCCAGUGGACAUGCCAGCUUCUCAUGGGCCGGACUCCUCUACCUCACUCUCUUCCUCGCCUCCAAGUUCUCCGUCGCAAUCCCCUUCCUUCCUCCACGACCCUACUCCGCAAACCCCGCUCACACCUCAGCCGUCUCCCCAUCCAACCUCAAGAGGCUAGCCACACUCCCUAUCCACAAGCAAGACUCAACUCUCUCGAACCCUACCUCCUACAACGACGACACUGUAGUACCUAUUCGCUACCAAAACGCUGCACCCCCCGUUUACACCCUCGUGCUUGUCUUGGUACCCAUCUGCGCCGCCAUAUACAUAACAAGCACGCGCUUCACCGAUUUCCGUCACUUCGGUUUUGAUCUGCUGUUCGGUACGCUGAUUGGCGUAACGUGCGCGUGGUUUUCCUUUCGCUGGUACCAUCUCCCCAUCACACGGGGCGCGGGAUGGGCCUGGGGUCCGAGGAGCUACGACCGUGCGUGGGGCAUUGGUGUUGGUAGAGGAAGUUAUGUCGGAACUGAGGGAUGGAGCAGGAAAGGAGAUAGUGAGACAGCGCUUCGGAGGCGAGCGGACGGCCAGUUCAAUGCCCAUGCCAACGGUGUGGAUGAGAGUGAACUGAGUGUGCUGAAUCGCAAUGGCGCACCGCAUGCUGGUAACCCACCCAGCGCAAUGCACUCGAGGAGUGGUACUGCGCAGACAUAUCAUGCCACGACGCAGGAUGUUUGAUCUUUUCUACUUUUGAUACUAUAUAAUGUAUUAGGAAGCAU